CGCCGCCUCCCCGCCCCGCGGCCCCCGCCCCCGCGGCCGCCGCGGCUGCAGGUCCGGGGCUGGCAGGCUGCGGGCGGCAGCGCCCGGAGCAAGCGAGGCGCCGCAGCCCUUCCUCCGGCGGCUGCCGGCGAGGAGGCAGGACCGCACCUCCCCGGCUCGCACCGCUCCCGCGCCGCCAGCAAACACCCCCCCCCCCCCCCCCCCCCAAUUUUUAUAUAUAUACAUCUCUUUUUUUUUUCUUUUCUACUACGCACGGCGUUGGACAUGGAGCCGCCGCGACUCUUUUGAUGCACGCCGGACGGCUUUUUUUUGGGGGGGCAGGAUUUUUCCUCUGUGUGGUUUUCCAGCGGUGGGAGGACCCUUCCCCAGCCUUCCCCGUCUCCUUGAGUUAGUUCCCUGCACGCUCGGCAGCCUCGGAGCCUCCUGGACUGAAUGCAACUUUUUUUCCCCCCUUUUUGCUGAUCCCUGUCAGCAGGGACCGGAAAAUAAUAAUAAUAAUAAUAAUUAAAAAAGCCCCGGCGAGGAGGAGGAGGAGGAGGAAGGGGCUGUGCGUGCAUGUGUGGCUGCUGCUGGUGCUCAGGACCCGAAUCUGGAGGUGCGUGUUGAAAUAUGGAGAAUAGUCUUGGAUGUGUUUGGGUACCAAAGCUGGCUUUUCUCCUCUUCGGGUUUACGCUGGCGAGCCUUCAUCCCCGAGUCUCCGGUUCGCAGAUAAAGACUUUUACAUCAUUGAGGUUCUUGACCGAGCCUUCAGAUGCCGUCACCAUGCGUGGGAGCAACGUGCUGUUGAACUGCGUAGCAGAUUCAGAUCAAGGAGCCCCCAUUAUUAAAUGGAAGAAAGAUGCGGUCUUCUUAAACCUGGCAGUAGAUGAAAGGAGGCAGCAGCUGGCCAACGGAUCGCUCUUGAUACAGAACAUAGUCCACUCCAGGCACCACAAGCCAGAUGAAGGGCUCUACCAGUGCGAAGCAUCUCUAGAAGGUAUUGGAGCGAUCAUCAGUCGGACAGCUAAGGUCAUGGUAGCAGGACCACUGAGGUUUCUUUCCCAGACAGAAUCUGUCAUGGCUUUCGCAGGAGACACCAUCCUGCUGAAGUGUGAAGUUGUCGGGGAGCCCAUGCCCGUGGUGCACUGGCAGCGAAACCAGGAGGACUUGUUCCCGAGCCCGGCCGACACGCGGGUGGCCGUCCUGCCCUCCGGAGCUUUACAGAUCAGCAGGGUUCAGCACGGCGACAGCGGGAUCUACAGGUGCCUGGCGAAAAACCCGGCCAGUUCUCGAACUGGAAAUGAUGCAGAAGUCAGAGUUUUGGCAGAUCCAGCUUUGCACCGACAGCAGUUUUUCCUUCAGCGACCGUCGAACGUGGUGGCCAUGGAAGGGAAGGAUGCUGUUCUGGAGUGCUGCGUUUCUGGGUACCCCCCUCCCACCUUCACGUGGCUGCGAGGAGAUGAAGUCCUCCCUAUGAGGUCCAAGAAGUAUUCGUUGCUGGCUGGCAGUAACCUACUCAUAUCAAACGUGACCGACGACGAUUCGGGGACCUACACGUGUGUCGUCACCUACAAAAACGAGAACAGCAGCGGCUCUGCAGAGCUGUCAGUGAUGGUUCCACCAUGGUUUUUAAUUCGUCCUUCAAACCUUUAUGCCUACGAGAGCAUGGAUGUUGAGUUUGAAUGUGCUGUGUCUGGGAAGCCUGUUCCUACGGUGGAGUGGAUCAAGAACGGAGAAGUGGUCAUUCCCAGCGACUAUUUUCAGAUAGUGGGUGGCAGCAACUUACGGAUUCUGGGCUUGGUAAAGUCAGAUGAAGGUUUUUAUCAGUGUGUAGCUGAAAAUGAAGCUGGAAACGCACAGGCCAGUGCACAGCUAAUCAUCCCAGAGCCUGCUGUCCCAAGUUCCAGUGUCCUCCCCUCUGCUCCCCGAGAUGUGGUCCCUGUUUUGGUCUCCAGCCGAUUUGUCCGUCUCAGCUGGCGCCCACCCGCAGAAGUCAGAGGCAGCGUCCAGACGUACACGGUCUUCUUCUCCAGGGAUGGCGUCAACAGGGAACGGGCAGUCAACACGUCUCAGUCUGGGACACUUCAACUUACCGUGGGCAACCUGAAGCCGGAGGAGACCUACACCUUCCGAGUGGUGGCAUACAACGAGUGGGGACCAGGAGAGAGCUCGCAGCCCGUCAAGGUCGCCACGCAGCCGGAGCUGCAAGUUCCCGGGCCGGUGGAAAACCUACGGGCUGUGUCUACCUCACCUACCUCGAUUCUCGUCUCCUGGGACCCCCCUGCCUAUGCUAAUGGCCCCGUUCAAGGCUACAGGCUCUUCUGUACGGAGACGGCAACUGGAAGAGAGCAGAACGUGGAGGUGGACGGGCUCUCCUACCGGCUGGAGGGGCUGAAGAAGUUCACCGAGUACAGCCUGCGCUUCCUCGCCUACAACCGCUACGGCCCCGGCGUCUCCACCGAGGAUGUGACGGUCACCACGCUUUCCGAUGUGCCCAGCGCGAUGCCUCAGAACGUCUCCUUGGAAGUGGUUAACUCCAGGAGCAUCAAAGUUAGCUGGUUGCCUCCACCGCCAGGUACUCAAAAUGGAUUUAUUACGGGCUAUAAAAUCCGACAUAGAAAGACUACCCGCAGGGGUGAGAUUGAAACACUGGAGCCAAACAACCUCUGGUACUUGUUCACAGGACUUGAGAAAGGAAGCCAGUACAGUUUCCAGGUGGCUGCCAUGACAGUGAACGGGACAGGGCCCCCCUCAGACUGGUACACAGCAGAAACACCCGAGAACGAUCUCGAUGAAUCUCAGGUUCCUGACCAGCCAAGCUCUCUUCAUGUCAGGCCCUUGACCACAAGUAUCGUCAUGAGUUGGACUCCACCGCUGAACCCAAACAUUGUCGUCCGUGGGUACAUCAUCGGCUACGGCGUCGGCAGCCCCUAUGCUGAGACUGUGCGGGUGGACAGUAAACAGCGUUAUUAUUCCAUUGAAAAUUUGGAGCCAAGUUCCCAUUACGUGAUUUCCUUAAAGGCCUUUAACAACGCAGGCGAAGGGGUGCCUCUGUACGAAAGCGCGACCACCAGGUCGAUGACAGUCCCAGAUAUCUCCACCCCCAUGCUCCCACCAGUAGGUGUCCAGGCUGUUGCACUUACACAUGAUGCAGUGAGGGUCAUCUGGGCAGACAACUCUGUCCCAAAGAACCAAAAGACUACGGAGGUUCGCUUCUACACAGUCCGAUGGAGAACAAGCUAUUCGACGAGUGCGAAGUACAAGUCAGCAGAUACAACCGCUCUGAGUCACACCGUGAUAGGUCUGAAGCCAAACACCAUGUACGAGUUCUCCGUCAUGGUCACCAAAGGUCGGCGGUCCAGCACCUGGAGCAUGACCGCGCACGCCACCACCUGUGAAGCAGCUCCAACCUCUGCUCCCAAGGAUUUGACAGUCAUUACACGGGAAGGGAAGCCCCGGGCUGUUAUUGUCAGCUGGCAGCCGCCGUUAGAUGCCAACGGAAAAAUUACUGCUUACAUCCUCUUCUAUACUUUGGACAAGAAUGCUCCGAUCGACGACUGGGUUAUGGAGUCCAUCAGCGGCGACCGGCUCACCCACCAGAUCAUGGACCUCAACCUGGACACCGUCUACUACUUCAGAAUCCAAGCUCGCAACGCCAAGGGAGUGGGGCCCCUCUCUGAUCCCAUCUUCUUCCGGACUCUGAAAGUCGAGCACCCUGACAAAAUGGCUAAUGACCAAGGUCGUCAUGGGGACGGGUCCUACUGGCCGGUGGACACCAACCUGAUUGACAGGAGCAGUCUGAACGAGCCGCCCAUCGGGCAGAUGCACCCUCCCCACGGCAGCGUCACGCCCCAGAAGAACAGCAACCUCCUCGUCGUCAUCGUCGUCACCGUCGGCGUCAUCACCGUGGUGGUGGUGGUGGUGGUGGCCGUCAUCUGCACCAGGCGCUCCUCGGCACAGCAGAGGAAGAAACGUGCAACUCACAGCGCUGGUAAAAGGAAGGGCAGCCAGAAGGACCUGAGACCCCCAGAUCUGUGGAUCCACCACGAGGAGAUGGAAAUGAAGAACAUCGAGAAGCCGACGGGCUCGGACCCCGCGGGAAGGGACUCCCCAAUGCAGAGCUGCCAGGACAUCACCCCCGUCAGCCACAGCCAGUCGGAAACGCAGCUGGGCAGCAAGAGCACCCCGCAGCCCGGUCCUGAGACAGAAGAUGUGGGAAGCAGCAUGUCCACGUUGGAGCGCUCGCUGGCUGCCCGCAGAGCCACCCGUGCCAAGCUCAUGAUCCCCAUGGAUUCGCAACCAAACAACCCUCCUGUGGUCAGCGCCAUUCCAGUGCCAACACUAGAAAGUGCCCAGUACCCCGGGAUCCUGCCGUCCCCGACCUGCGGAUACCCGCACCCACAGUUCACCCUUCGGCCGGUGCCGUUCCCGACCCUCUCUGUGGACAGGACCUUUGGAACAGGAAGAACUGUAAACGAAGGGCCAGCAGCACAGCAGCCGUCCUUGCUACCGCAGACUCAGCCUGAGCACCCCAACAACGAGGACGCCCCGAGCAGAACCAUCCCCACCGCCUGCGUCCGCCCUACGCACCCUCUCCGCAGCUUUGCCAACCCCUUGCUACCUCCGCCCAUGAGUGCAAUAGAACCGAAAGUCCCUUACACGCCACUUCUGUCUCAAACAGGGCCUAACCUCCCCAAGGCUCAGGUUAAAACAGCAUCCCUCGGCUUGGCAGGAAAAGCCAGGUCACCUCUGCUGCCCGUCUCGGUGCCCACGGCCCCGGAGGUCGCGGAAGAGGGCCACAAGCAGACGGAGGACUCCGCAAACGUUUAUGAGCAAGAUGAUCUGAGUGAACAGAUGGCCAGUUUGGAGGGGCUAAUGAAGCAACUCAAUGCUAUCACAGGUUCAGCCUUCUAACAGCUCUUGAUGAAGCGAUAAUGAUCCCGGAGCAUUGCAGCAUACCAGGAUUUCACACAUACCACCACCACCGUACACCACCCCCAUAAAAUCCUCUUGUUCCCGGUACCACUCCUUCAGUGCAAGGAAGAUUCCUGCAGAGUCCUAAAAGGAAUGAUAAAAAGAAGAGAAAGGAAAGAAGAAUAAUGGCAAUUUUACAGAACUGUAGACGUGGCGUUUAAAGUGAUGAAAGCGUGGCAAGGCGAAUGACGUCAUCACCGCGAAGUCGUAGCUGAUGCCACCGGAUUGCUCAUUUUGAUCUACAUAGUCUUCGUAGACCUCAAGUUGUCAGGACUAACUCAUGUUUUACUCCGUAGAGGUUUGUAGCUCAUUGUAUAGAUCUAGUCUUACCUCAUGCAAGUAUGUUUUUAAACAUAGACCAUGCCGUUAAUGAGACAGUGUCGUAGGUCACUCGUUUGGGUUUUGUUGUUUUGGUUUUUUUAAAUACUUAAUUACUGACUACAAAAACAUCCAUAGCAAAUAAUCGCACCACCACACCAAAAAUCUGGAAGUUUUCCCAACAGCACAAAACAAAAGGACAAAUUACUCAUUUCUUUUGUCGUCUCCGUCGCUCAUCUCACAGGAGCGGUGGGGAUUAGGGAGUCGCUGUAAAAUUCAGCCAUUUUAGCAAGCGUUUGUAAAUCCUCCCGUAGUUAAUGUUUUAUGUAUGGCAAGCAGAGAACCAGGAAUGUAAAAAAAAAAGGAGAAAAAAAAGAAAAAGAAAAAAAAAAGUCUGCAUUGGUGGCCUGCUGCCAGCCAUCCCGUGUACACUUGCAAAAAGAGGACAUAAUAUGCAAUCUUCUGUGACACGCAGUCAUUACGUGCUUAAGCUUGUAAUAAAACAUGUCUGCGUACGGGUGGCCUUUUUGCCAGGCCGCCCUGUGAUGGCAGCGCUGCUGGGGCCACAGCCAACCGGAGCAGGGAGAAAAACGGAGCUGAAGUUUCCCCGAGCCUUUCCCAUCCCCACGUCCCCGCGGGGCUGGCUCUGCUCCGAGCUCCCAUCCGCCCGGCACCAUGAUGGCUGGAGGAUGAGGAGGGUAAAGGGGCAGCUGGAGCUUCUCGCGGGCAGGGCACAAGCCCGGGGGAAGAACCACAGAGGCUGGUAAAUAACCGCUAAAUGAAUUAGAAGGGCUUUCCCGCAGGCGUCGUAGUUCCUGGUUGAGAUCGGCAGGAUUCCGUGAGGACAGCAAGCAAAGAGCGGAGAGCAGCGGGACACCGUGAACCGUCUUCAGGGAUUCCCCUUCCCGCCUGUCCUUGUGCUUUAGCUGCGCGUUACAGUGUUUAUUGACAGCGAUAACUGGUUGAAUUGACUAAAUUUUGUGUGCGUACAUUUUAUUGCUAAAUUUUCAGCUGCAUUCAGCGUUAAUCCCUGUUUAUGCAGCUGAAUCACCAAAAGGGAACAAAUUUGCAUAUUUAUCAGUUAGGAGGCUGCAAAACCCAAUAAGAGAGUUUCAGAUGAAUUAUUCCAUUCAGCUCUGCCUUUGAUUUCAAGCUUGAGUGGGUCAUAAUUUUAAAAGAGCAUGGAAAGGAUAGGAUCUUUACAACCUAAUAGCUCCUUUUAUUAGGUGGGUAAUUAUAUGUGAAUCUCCGAAUAAAAUAUUUUGAGUAAAAUGGCACUGCAACAGAAGUCAUAAUUCAGAUUAUUUUCUACAGCCCUGUGCUGGAAAGGAAAUCAGAUGUCAAGGAGGAAUUCAAAUGCUUCAUUAGGAUCUCUAGUGUGUUUGUGAAAAUGCUCCUUUAAAAAUGCCUUGUUAUUCAAUUUACUAAGAUUUUAAUGAAAUACUUAUUGAGAGUGAGGAAAUCUCGUUUGCAUGGGAGGCCGAGCUUUUCCGUUCUGAAAGAUUUGUAACCAAAAACCUCUACUAAAAAUAAAAUGCACAGAUCUUUCCCGAUGAAAAAACAGCCCUGCUGUUAGAAUCUAGGAAACCACUACCUCCAUUUUAACUGGAAGAAAGAAGGCUUAAUGCAGCUUUUGAGUAGCUCCCCGUCCAUAUUUGCGGAGAUUGACAUUGUUGAAAUAGGAACAUAAGGUCAAGCCUGUCUCUCACUUAUCAUUUAUGAAAUAUCUCUUACCCUGAAUUUGCAGCUGGGAACAGAAACAGCCCCCAGGACUUUAAAGAGCAGCACCGCACAUUUAAUCACCGAAUACUAAUCCAGGACCAAGCAAUCCCAAACUGCCUAAAAUAAGACGAGCCGCAAAGAGGUUUGCAAGUUGGAUUUCGUUUAGUUUGGGCAAAAGCGUUGUAGCGCCCAGGUGCUCGGCUAUUGAUCGGCCUCUUCGCCUUGCUCAGGCAUCUCUCUGACUUUUAAACCUCUGAAAGUCUGCAGCGUGAGCCGGCACUCCCGCGAGCGCAGCCUUCCUUCUGCCGCUCGAAGCAUGCUUAAUUUCAGGCUCAGCCCAUUUAAACCAGCGACGCUUGCAGACCGAGGCCAAGGUCCCCGCUGGAGCAAGUCCUUGUGGGCUCUGUCUGCGGGAAGGGGCGACUCCGUCGGCUCAGCCCAAGCGAGACACAGCUGCUCCCCCACCAACUUUUUAUACCAGACUAGUAAGAAAUUUCUGCCUCAAUUUAAGCCCAGCAUUUGUCAGUAAAACGAAAUUAUUCCAUAUAAAACUGAAUUUUGGGAUAGGUUUGUGGGGUUUUUUUGAAUUUUCCUAUAGACCUUCACUUGACAGCCAAAAAAAAGGCUUCACCUCCCCUGAGCCACAUGACACUAAAUAUGGAUCUUCUUGUCCUAAGAAGCCCUGGACACAUUCCCAACCUUCAUUUGAGGAUGAUUUUAGUACAAUUCCUAAUUAGUAAGCAGGCGUUUCUUUUCAAAUUUCACCUUACGUGUGAACUGCAUAACUUGCAAAAUUCAAACGAGUGUUUUAGCAGAAAUCUUCCACAUCGUAUUUUGCCGAUGCUCCAUUUAUUUACAGUGAGCUUGGCUGCGAAUUUCUUUGGAUUUUGACAAAUUCCUCACCUGUCAGAAUAUUUAUAGCCUGUGACUAUCUCAGCCAUGGACACUCCCAGAAAAUAAAUGUAAUGAGAAUUCUGUCAGUGCAUGACGGGCUUGUGAAGCUCCAUGUUACCGUGGGAGAUCAUUGGCUAAUCCAUACAAGAUGGAUGCCGUAAACAGGUGGGGAAAAAAAAACCCAGCAGCCAAAAAACAAUACAUUUUUUAGUUUUUCUUUUCUUUUUUUUUGCUCCAAGACCUAAAAAUGGAGCAAUAUCAGUGAGCUCCCUAGCUCAGCGUCUUUGCCUGUGGACUGCUUAGAUGUUCACUUUUGGGGAAAAGGGUCAUUCCUUUUGGGAAGCUCUUUCAUUUUUGGAAUUCGGGGAGGAGAAUCUGCUUGUUCUUCUUGCGUAUGAUCUUCAUUAUGUCAUGAUUUGGGGCUGGACAUCGAUACUGCCAUCAUUUUGCCGUAGGGUUUGUGGUAAAUUUGCACUGGUAGCAAAGGAAAUCUCAGCCACGAGACUCCCGUGUGGCUUGGGACGGCGUGUGCCCGACGCCGCGAUGAGGUUCAGCCGCAAAGCGGCUGCUCUUUGCAUCGGCACUCCUCGAGCCUCUCCUUUUAGUAGCCUUUAGGGUCUUUAGGAGCCUUUAGGUUUUUUUACAGGAGCAUCUUUUCACCAACCCAGAGCCAGCUCCUUUAAAAACUGGCUUGGGUAGGACUGCUGCACGUCUGGCCUGAUUCUCUCCUUGGCAUUUUUAAAGACUAUAUGAUUUUUUCAAAAAAAAGACCCUUUCUCUGGAGCUUCUGGGACACGUUUGCAGUGCGCGCUCACUCGCUGGGACGUCUUCCGCCAAAACGCACGGUGCAACCUCAAAAACACGGGGCAAAACGAUGGCAGCCCUUGUUCACACGUGGAAGGGCUGGAGCGAGUUAACAACGAGGCCCCCUCUGAGUCCUUCCAGCCCUUUGGAAGCAUCAGGCCUUUUCUUCUACAGCCAGAGCUGAUGGUGUAACUCCCGCUGCAGCUCACCCAGGGUCCUUACCCGGGACCCCCUCCUCGCUGGCGCCCGACGCUGAACCCCGCAAAUCCAGACGCUGUGAGCAGGCACGGACCGCCUUUAGCAAUGGCAGUGGUAAAACCGGGCGCAGAGGCUUGCAGGGCGCGAGCCGGCAGCGUUCCCGAGGCGCUUGUUAAAUCCCCAAGUACGUGUAGGUAAGGGAAGAGCUCUGCGGGCAGCGCCAGCGGGAAGCAGAAGGCGGUGAAACUGCAACCACCCCCCUUCACCCUCAUUUCUGAAAUGGAUACCUGGAAGCUUGGGGGAAGAAGGUUCUUUUUUUAUUAAAAAAAAAACCAAACAAACAACAAAAUCAGAGAUUGUUUUUCCCGUUAGCUGCUCAGCGUCCUGCCUGGUGUUGAACUGGGCUCUCGGAGGCUCCAUGACCAUUAUUUUUUUAACGUUCUCAGCAAAAAAGCAUUGAACGCAUCCUCAUUCUGGUCUCGGCUGGCUGGAGAACGCGGUACAGCCCACGCGCCGCGAGGCGGCACGAGCCAGCGUGCUUCACUGUAUGCUGUACAUGUAUUUCCAAGCGCGAGGAAGCAACGUGGGUAGGAGAAGGAACGAUGCUGUUUUUAUUAUUGUAAAAUAGACCCGGCAAUUCCUACGGUUGCGAAUUGCCGCCGUGUUUGGGACGGGGCGGUUGGGGGGAGGGUGUACUUUUUAUAAGUAAUAUUUAAUUUAUUAUUUAGAGUGUUUUCUUUUGGAUAAUUUAUGAUACAAGGGAUACCUGGCUGGAAACCUAGAGCAGGCUGUUAAAGCUGCAGUGUGCCCAUGUCCCCGCGAGCCGGGCUCUGGCCCCACGUUAGGUACCCCGAGCGCGAGGAAUCGGGAGGGUCGGGCAGCGGGAACCGUGCCACCGAGUCACCGGUCGCCGCGAAUGUCACACACAACCCCCCACGGCUGCUGGGGAGCACCGGCUCCAGCCUGCUAGUUCAAUGUCCUGGCACUGGUGAACGCCAUUUAAAGGGCUUUGCAAGGUAAUUCAGAAAUUCUUAGCAUACUAGUGAUAUGUUUAUCUGAUAGAAAUGGGUUAUACUACAGCUUUAACUAGCCUUAGUUUAAAAAAAAAAAGAAUCUUGUUGUUACAAAAGGCCUAAAGAUGGCAUUUUGAGCCUAUAAACAGUUUCUUUAAAUUGUCAGACUCUAGCAUUGUUAACCAAAUUAGAAUAGUGACUGCAAUAUUUAAGUGUAAAUCUUGUUCUAUGAGAAAGGAAACUUGCUUACAGUUUAAAAAUAAAUGACUGUUUCUACACACAAUCUUGUAUACUACUACAUGAAGAAAAAGGGGGUUUUGUAAUGCACUGUAGAACAGUCUCAUAUUCAUUUUUUAUAGAAAUGUUAUUCCAAUGGUGCAUUUUUUUGUUUAAUAAAUAAAGUUUUGAUACAAAUUCUC